UAGCCUUACCCCUCUUUUCUAUUCAACGCUGUCAAGUUUGCGUGCGCUCUCGCUAAUAUCUAAGUUAAAGUUUAGAUAGCUGUAUAUAUUUUUGGUGUAUCUUUCCUUUGAUACAAUAUGGGUGUUCUUCGUAUAUUAGAGAUUAUAUUUUUCUUUUAUUUUGCUUCUCACAUUCCUAUUACAUUAUUCAUUGAUCUUCAAGCGUUGCUUCCUGCACAGCUGUAUCCUCAGCAGCUGAAAGAUCUUUUGAGAUGGUAUGGGGCUGAGUUCAGAGACCCCAUGAUGCUGGAUCCCCCCACCUGGUUCAAGUCCUUCAUCUUCUGCGAGGCCCUGGUCCAAAUCCCUUUCUUCCCCAUAGCUGCAUAUGCCUUCCUCAAAGGAGGCUGCAAGUGGAUCAGGACUCCGGCCAUUGUCUAUUCCACCCACGUAGCCACCACCCUGGUCCCCAUCCUAGCCCACAUCCUCUACUACCCCUUCCCCACGGAGCCCCACCCUGGCCCCCAGACCCAGAAGGAACGCUACACCCUUGCAGUCAUCUACGCUCCGUACCUCCUGGUUCCUCUGAUGCUGCUGUUCACCAUGCUGUUCAGCUCAGCUUACAACACCAACACUCAGGGAGGAAAGGGCUCAGCUUACAACACCAACACUCAGGGAGGAAAGGGCUCAGCUAAGGCCAAGAAGAUCAAAUGAGACACUCAUCUAUUUCUAGCCUGAGUGCCAUUCUGUUUGUGCUAUUGUCCAACUCCAUUGCUGUCCUUGUCAAACCAAACAUUACAAGUGACAAGGAGUUGGCAUGAUGGCACAAACAGAUUGGCACUCAGGCUACUAAUCCACCUGUACAUUCUGAAUCUCAAGCUGUGACCCGGCUGCCUAGACAUCCAGGUAAUCAUACCUCUAGUCUAGACUACACUACUAAUUUUCAUAGUAAUUUUUGUGAUCAAUUGUCAAUUCGUAUAUUUAAAGUCGAGAAAAUAUAAUGGUUAGCAAUAGUCAAGAAUGUUGACACCAAGAGAAUCAAAAUAUGUGCAAAUCCUUUUUAUUCAAGUAUACCUCAUCUUUUGAUGAAGUUGGUCCACUAAGCUGGUUUACUAACUUUUAACAUGGAUAAGAUGAAUGCAGAGUAUGAGAACAUUUGAUAAUUUCUUGAUAUAUACUGUAAACAUAAAAUAAUUAAUAUACCUUUCAAA